UGACGUAGACAUAACAUUCCUCUAGUAAUCACAAACAGCGGAAUUAUGAACAUCAUCUUGCCUUUCAUUCAAAUAAAUAAAAAAUAAAGGCAAUACUUUGCAACGGCAUCUUCCGAUUGCCGAGAAUGGGAUCUAAAGAUGUUAAACUAUUGGACGUUUUUUCAUACGAGAGUCUCGUGCAUGCAGUCGCCGGUGCAAUGGGAAGUGUGAUGGCAAUGACUGUUUUCUUUCCUCUUGACACAGCUCGACUCCGGCUGCAAGUUGACGAAAAGAGGAAAGCCAAGUCCACUCCAGCCAUUCUGUCUGACAUCUUAAAGGAGGAGGGUCUGUUAGCUCCAUAUAGAGGCUGGUUCCCAGUGAUCUGCAGUCUCUGCUGCUCGAACUUUGUUUACUUUUAUUGUUUCCAUAGUUUGAAGGCCAACUGGCUACAAGGUCAGAGGUCAACACCAGGACGAGACCUCAUCAUUGGCAUUGCUGCAGGUGUAGUGAAUGUCCUUGUGACCACUCCGCUCUGGGUGGUCAAUACCAGACUCAAACUGCAGGGAGCGAAAUUCAGAAAUGAGGACAUACAGCCCACACACUACAAAGGAAUUAUGGAUGCGUUUGCACAGAUAAUACAGCAGGAAGGAGUGGGAGCGUUGUGGAACGGGACGUUUCCCUCUCUGCUACUGGUGAUGAAUCCAGCUGUGCAGUUCAUGAUCUAUGAGGGUUUAAAGAGGCAGCUCAUGAGAGGAGUGCACAGAGAGCUCUCAUCUAUGGAGGUGUUUUUUAUUGGAGCCAUUGCCAAGGCGAUAGCUACCACGAUAACCUACCCACUACAGACAGUUCAGUCUGUUCUACGGUUUGGACAACACGGGCAGCCCAGAGAACAGUCCAAACUACUGAACAGCCUGAGAUCUGUUAUGUAUCUGCUUAUCAACAGAGUCGGGAUGUGGGGUGUGCUGGGAUUGUUUAAAGGCCUGGAAGCAAAGCUUCUUCAGACGGUCCUCACUGCUGCGCUGAUGUUCUUACUGUAUGAGAAGAUCGCUAGCGCCACCUUCAGGGUCAUGGGGGUCAAGCACCCCGUGAUGUCCCACUGACCUCGGAGCGUUUAUGUGCUCACUGAUGUCAGAGGAACUUAAUGUGCUGCCCUGAGUAUGUAUGUUAUGACUAGUCGUCCACCGAUAUGGGUGUUUUUAUCUUGAGACAUCAGUUAAAAGAUGACUUAUUUAACACAAUAUUUACUCAGUAAGACCUAUAAUGGAUUGACGGACAGGUUACUUUUUAUUUAGUGUUUUAAAAGAACAUUUGUUUUAAAAUAUGGACUAUGUUAACAAAAACCUCAGGACUGGUUUUCUAGUUCUGUGUAGAUAAUGCUUGAUUGUACUUGGAAAGACUGGCCACUGUGACCGCAACAGACCUUUAACCUAAAAGGUUAGGCUAGUCUAAAUGUAAAAAUGGUACAUUUCCACUAUUUGUGAUAAGAGGAUGUGGGUUAACCAGUUAGAGAUUCGACUUCAUCAGAAGCGUCACAUCUCCAUUGUUAAUGUUACAAACAGAAGAAAGCUCAGGUGCAUUUGCAUAAAGACACUGAGAAUUGUAUUAGAACAGGAACAUUUAUAGAUGAGUGUAAAUGUGUUUUUAUUUUCCUUGAUUGUCAGAAUGAUUCUGUAUUAUCUAGUGCAUUAGAUUGUAGGUUAAUGUAUUUAAUAAUCACAAACCCAAAAUCAGUCAGAAGAAUUAAUUUAAUUCAUGUAAAUUAUUAAAUGGAUUGCCACAAAUUGUGGCAUAUAGAUUUUUUACAAUAAAAUGAAUGCUCGAAGUUAAUGCAGUAUAAAAUGGUGUCUUCAUUUGUUAUAUGUACUUAUGAACCUCUGUGAACCACAUUUGUACUACAGUCAGGAAACACAUUUACACUACUUCAACUCUUGGCGGCAGUAAAACCAUGUGUUUAGUUGUUCUUCAUCAGAGAGUGCAUUACCCCUUUAUUUGUGUAAGCAGAUGAAAAGAGGUUUUUAACAACAGUAAUUCAAAUAGGGUCAUUAAGGAAUGGAUGUUUCUUGGGUUCAACCUCUAUGGAAAUGUGGCCAUCUUAAAGUUAUUUUUUGUCUAGCUGCUUUGCUCAAUAUUCUUUGCUCUUUCCAGUGUAAACCACCUUGUGUUUCAGGGGUAUUUUGGGUACAUAUGUUUAAAAAUGUUGUGAUUCAUUAUUUUGACACUAAUUUUAAUAUUGAAAUGUCUAAAACAACGAAUAAGCAAGUAUAUCAACUGCCACUGGUGUAUCUUUUGAAACUGGUUUCUUUGAUCAGCACUUCAUCACAUAUGUAAUUAUUUAACAUGGGUGAAGUUCAUGGGACAAAUGUUGCGAGCUGAUGCCAAAUACUCCAUUGAGUAUCAUUAAAGUCUCAUAU